CUUUGACGUCGUCGUCUUCCUUUAAACACUGUCGCUUUGGAGGUUGCAAGUUGUCGUCUACACUUCCCUCUGCUUCUCUGUCUCCGAUCUUCCAUUUUUCUCGAUUUUUGUUGCAUCAGUGUUCAUCGUUUGUUUCCAGAAGGAGAAAUUGCAGUAGUAGAAGAAGAAAUCGUCGAAUCUAGGGCGGUUCCGGCGACACAUUUUGGGUCCUUUCAUGGAGGCUCAUGGUUCCGGUCUCCGCCGUGUGUUACUCUUGGCGUUCUGUGUCGCCGGGAUUUGGGCUGCUUAUAUCUACCAAGGUUUCCUCCAGGAAACUCUGUCGACCAAGCGAUUUGGUCCAGAUGGUCAGAGGUUUGAGCACCUUGCAUUUCUAAACUUGGCACAGAAUUUAGUAUGCUUGAUCUGGUCAUAUAUAAUGAUUAGGAUAUGGUCCGGUGGCAGUUCUGGCGGUGCUCCUUGGUGGGCUUACUGGAGUGCUGGCAUUACGAAUACAAUUGGUCCAGCUAUGGGAAUUGAAGCAUUGAAGUAUAUUAGUUAUCCAGCUCAGGUCCUUGCAAAAUCCUCAAAAAUGAUUCCAGUUAUGCUGAUGGGUACUUUAGUGUACGGUAUAAGAUAUUCUUUUCCAGAAUACCUUUGUUCAUUCCUUGUUGCAGGAGGGGUAUCAACAUUUGCACUUUUAAAGACCAGCUCAAAGACAAUCAGCAAGCUGGCGCAUCCAAAUGCCCCUCUUGGAUAUGGGCUUUGCUUCCUGAAUCUUGCUUUUGAUGGAUUCACAAAUGCAACUCAAGAUUCCUUAAAAGCCAGGCAUCCAAAAACAAGUGCCUGGGGUAUUAUGUUAGGCAUGAAUUUAUGGGGAACCAUAUACAACAUGAUAUAUAUGUUUGGCUGGCCCGGUGGCAUUGGAUAUGAGGCAAUUCGCUUCUGCAAACAUCAUCCAGAGGCAGCUUGGGAUAUUUUCUACUAUUGCUGUUGCGGUGCAGUGGGCCAGAAUUUCAUCUUUUUGACUAUAAGUCGAUUUGGGUCUUUGGCUAACACCACCAUCACCACCACUCGCAAGUUUGUUAGUAUUGUAGUGUCUUCAUUAUUGAGUGGGAAUCCAUUAUCAAGUAAGCAAUGGGGAUGUGUUUUUAUGGUAUUCUCUGGCUUGUCAUACCAGAUAUACCUCAAGUGGCAGAAGCUGCAGAGAUUGCAGAAGAAGAAGAAAGCCAUUUAAAGUGAGACCUCUAAAAGUAUUUAAUUAAAUCAUCAAUCCUUCUUAUGCCCGUUCCCUUAUCAAGUAUCCACCCUCUUGAUAUAUAGAAUUUUACCUUAGAAGACCAAAUGACUAGUCAAAUUUAGACUAUAGAUAGAAAAAUAUUGGUAAAUGUAAUUGUUUUUUUGUUUGGUCUCAAACGUAAAAAGAUUAAGUUUAGAGCCCAUUUUGUUAGACGCUCGUGAUUUUCUAGAUUCAUCUCAUCUGUGUAUCGUGUUCAUCAGAUGCCAAAGUUGUAUACUCUGAAUCUGAUUUCCAGCUGCGCAUGGAAGUUUAAGGUUCUUCUAGAUGGAGUUUCGAGAUUUGUGCAAA